AUGGGAAGGAGCAUCAGCCUGUCGACGACACCAGAAUCAACCAAAACCCGGCGCCGCAUUCUGUUUCUCGAUGCAUACGACUCAUUUACCAACAACAUCACAUCGCUGCUGACGACCCUCUUGGACGUUGACGUCUUCGUCCUGCCCAUCGACAGCCCGCUCCUGGACCCCGCCAGCCCUACCUUUGAGCAUGACUUGAGACGGGAGCUCGCCCACUACGAAGCCGUGGUGUGCGGUCCCGGGCCCGGCUCGCCGCUGCGGAGUCAGGACGUCGGGCUCAUUAGCAGCAUCUGGACCCUGGCCGAGCAGGACUUGGUGCCCGUCCUCGGGAUUUGUCUGGGGUUCCAGAGCUUGGUCGUGGCCGGCGGCGGCAGGGUGCGCAGGCUGCGCAAGGGCCUGCACGGCAUGGUUAGACCCAUCGAGCAUGCCGGCGAGGGUCUAUUCUCCGGCGUCGCCGACUUCCGCGCGACGCUGUACCACAGCCUCUGUGGGGACCUCGGCCAGGACGCCAUCCCCGACUCGGACUGGGCGGUGCGGAAGUGGAAGCCCCUCCCGGGUUUCGAGGAACUUGUGCCCCUGGCCUGGGUGGAGGAGGCCAGGGACAUUGAUGAUGGGGUAGGCGGUGGUGAGGAGAGUGGCGUGGAGAGAGUGCUCAUGGCCGUCAAGCACCGCGCGAAACCAUUCUGGGGCCUUCAGUACCACCCCGAAUCGGUUUGCACUGAGACGGAGGGUAACCAGGUAGUGGUUAAUUGGUUCAAUGAGGCGCUGCGCUGGAACGAGGAGAACAAACGGGGGCUGGACCGUGGAAACACCAUCCUGGCCGGACAAGCAACGAGGCCCAGCCUGCUCUCGCAGCUUCCACCGAGAAGUAGUGACAGCCAAGCUAGUGGAGGAUCAGAAGCCGGUUCAUGGUGUGGAUAUGGUGUUGGCUACCAAUAUUCGGGGCGCACCAUAGCUCUACCCUCAAACAUGAGCAUCACGGAUAUCGUCGAGAGCCUCGGCCAGGUGACGGGCAAGGAGCAGAUUGUGCUUGACUCGGCAAACGCAUCGACGGGGGGUGCGGCGGAUAUCAGGGGCCGGUACAGCAUCGUCGCUCUAGAUGUCCCCAACACCCUGAGACUCGAGUAUCACGUCGGAGAUGCUCACGUCAAGGCCCUGCUGCCUCAUGAAAUGCAGGACGCGAACGAACAGGGCUCUGCGUCAAAAGAGGUAUCGAUACCGUUGGACGGUUAUGCCAACAUAUGGCUUUUCCUGGCCCAGUUUCACGAAGAUAGGAAGCCAACGGGUACGACGGUGUCGCCGGCUGAGGAAAUACCGUUUCUUGGUGGUUUCAUGGGCUACAUCACCUACGAACAGGGCCUGAGCGACAUCAACGUCGACUUCCGCCGGGACAGGGGCCACCACCGGCCAGAUGUAUGUUUUGCCUGGGUUACAAAAUCGCUGAUUGUCGACCACGCCAAACGAACCAUUCACAUCCAGCACCUCCAUCCGCCAAGCACGGCGGGACAGGACUGGCUUGACAGAACAAUCGACACGCUGACGGGCUCUCGCAAAUGGCACGAGACCACCCCGGCAAAAGCCAGGAGAGACUCGAGGUCUGAUCCGGCAGCAAGGCUCUUCGACAUAACCUCGGCAAGCAAGCCCGCCGAAGACGCCUACGAGCAAAAAGUCAAAGCCUGCCAGGAGUACAUAGCCGCGGGCGAGUCCUACGAGCUCUGCCUCACGGACCAGACGCUCAUCCGACGCCCGGCAGCACCCGAGUCUGCCUCACAGCCCUUGGGCGACAUCCCCAACAACAUAGGCACGCGAGUGGAGGUCGGAACCACGAAGCGCCGACGCAGGAGCUCGGCCUGGAACGGCAUCGGGUCGGCGUGGCAGUUGUUCCGUACGCUGCGGAGCAGACAGCCGGCACCGUUUGCGUCGUACGUGCGCCUCGGCGGCGCCACGCUCGUCAGCAGCUCGCCGGAGCGCUUCCUCCAGUACGACGGGGCCGGGCUCUGCUCCAUGCGGCCGAUGAAGGGCACGGUCAGGAAGUCGAGCGCGUGUGCGACGCUCGCCGAGGCGGAGAGGAUCCUGCACGUACCCAAGGAGGAGGCGGAGAACCUCAUGAUCGUCGACCUGGUCCGCCACGACCUCCACGGCGUCUGCGGCGCCGGCAACGUCUCCUGCAGGGAUCUGAUGCGGGUCGAGGAGUACCGGAGCGUCUUCCAGAUGACCACCGUGGUGGAGGGCCGGCUGCCGCGCAACAGGAACGACGAGGGUGGCGGUAGCGGCAGCGACAACAACAGCAAGAAGCACACAGGCCUCGACGUUCUCGCUGCAAGUCUCCCGCCGGGAAGCAUGACCGGUGCGCCCAAGAAGAGGAGCUGCGAGAUCCUGCAGGAAAUCGAGGGCCACAAGGAGCGGAGUCUCUACUCGGGCGUCGUGGGGUACAUGUGCGUCUCGGGCUCUGGCGACUGGAGCGUUACGAUCCGCAGCAUGUUCCGAUGGGAUGACGAGUUUGCCCCGGACCCGAACGGGGUAGCCCUCGAUGGGCAAGACGUAUGGAGGAUUGGCGCAGGCGGUGCCGUAACUAUCUUGAGCACCCCGAGGGGGGAGUCAGAGGAGAUGUUUACAAAGCUGGCGGGGCCCAUGGGGAUAUUCUCGGCUGCAGGCUGA